AGAAACUACUGGUUUUUCUGAAAUAGAAGAAAGUCAGCCUGUUGAUUUGAUGUCUUCUUUGGAAAAUCUUAUAGAUGUAAAUUAUGAUGAGAAAUUACAAGAAUGCUAUCAAAUUUUUAAAGCAGUAAGUAAUAUAUUUUUUGAUAAUAAUGGUGAUAACAGUAAUGAUGACGAUGAUGCAUCUGAAAAAGACAAUGAAAGAGAAAGAGAAUUUGAAGAUGAGUAUUUAAUAGAUAAUUCAGAAGAAAAUUAUCAAGUAAAUUUUGAUGCUCUAGAAAUAGAAUUAAAUGAAAAUGAUUUCAAAAAUACUGAAAAAGAAUUUAAUAACAUUUCAUGGAUUAUUGUAUGGAUCUUGAAAUAUCAAAAAAGAUUUUGA